GACGUCCACGAAGGCAAGUGUACAGAUUGGAGCUUGUUAUCAGUAUUGGCGUUUGCACACAGGGUGGAUUAGCAAACCCUUAUUGUUGGUGUUUGGUGCUACCAGUUUAACCAGAAUCCACCACAUUGACCAGAAAUCAAGUACCAGGUUCUAAAGCCGAGGGUUUAAUGCUUGGAGAGCAUCUGAUUGAGAAGAAUCAAAGGUUCGACAAUUAGCUGAUAAGCUGCAUCAGGUAACAGACAGGACAGUUCUGUUUGAGUAAGAGUCCAUUGAUUAACAGCUGGAGGGAAUGUCCUGGUUGUGUAUUCCUUUACACUUAGGACCUGAUCCAGCUUGAGUGAGCAGCUCAUGGCCGUUCCAAAAGGCCAAUUCUGAGUGUUUGAAGAGUCACUGGGUGCUGUAAAAAGUAUUUGGAUUGCAUGCUUUAUCUGCAAUUAUAGGGACAGUAAAGAUCAAGAGCCAGACUUCUGAUUUGGACCGUCUAAGAAAUUUCAGAAACGUACUGCAACGAAACACAAUGCCACGCUCCAAAGAAAUUCCUGAAGACGUCCGAAGACAAGUGGUCGAAGCUCACGAGUCCGGAAAAGGCUAUAAACAGAUUUCCAAAGUUAUAGGACUCCCUAAGACAACCAUUAGAGGUAUACUACGGAAAUGGAAGAGGUUCGGGACGGUGGUGACCCUACCCAGGAGCGGCCGACCUUCCAAAAUCUCUCCAAGAGCAAGGCGAGAAAUAAUCCGUGAGGUCAUGAAGAACCCCUGCACGACAUCCAGGGACCUUCAGGCCACGCUCGCCUCGUCGAAUAUCUGCGUUCACCAGUCCACCAUUAGGAGGAUACUGGGAAUACAUGGGAGACCGACUCUGAGCUCCUUUGAAGGUAACAUGCCGUUGUCCAAUAAGGAGGAGGGAGACAUGCACAAUGCUUCAUGCGGAUCGAGUCACGACGUAAAGGCUCACGAGCAGCAAGACGUGUUAAAAAGCUCAAACACUAACUCAGAUAAUGCUAGCAAGAAUAAAGCUAAAUUGGCUGAUGAUAAUAAGGAAGGUGCUGGACCCGAGGAGAAUAACAGAGAAGAUGAGAACGAGAACUGUGAUGACGAAAUGCCGUCCAGGGAUGUCGGUGAUGCUGACGGUGGGUACGUGGAAACGGCUUCGACCAACAAUAACGGUGGCGAGACUAAAAAGUGUGAUGAUGAUGGUGAUGCUGCUGAGAAAACUUCCACAAACACUAACAGCAGCGACGGAGCUGACGAGAAUAAGAAGUGUGUCGUUGAGACCGCUGUAGACGAUAGCAGUCAAAUUGUUGAUGCCGGUUACACCACUGGCUGCGACGUCAACGGUGCCUUUAGUAAUAAUAACAAUGAUGGAACAUGGACUGAAGAAAUAGAUUACAUUAGUACAUUAACGUUUACUUGAACGAUCACCUAGGCUAGCUGGCAGGCCUAACUCGACGUGCAUGUAACCUUUAUGGUGUGGACAACCACCACAAUUGCCCAAGAGACUGCAGGAGAGGGUUCACUUUCAGUAGGGUCCAAAAUCGGAAACAAAUACGUUGUAGAAACCUUUUAAGCAAUUAUUAUUAUUAUUAUUAUUAUUAUUAUUAUUAUUGAAGCAUUUUUUCCUUCGAAAAAUUAACGAAAUCUUAGUUAACGCUGCUAAAAGCCGCCUCCAAUUUUCAGACCCUAUUGUAUUCCAUACUGCGGUUUCAGACAAUCCUGAGACAAAAGUGAAGAUCUAAUAUGAUUUCCUGACGUUACCUGAGUUUAUUCUUACUGACACUAUUAUGGCAUACAACAGAAAGUUUGUGCGCUAUACAAUACACUAAUACCCGGUCUUUGUACCUGGCUAAUCGGAUUAGCUGGCUACUAUUGAAUCAACCUCGGGCCGGUCAUAAAAUAUAAGAAAAAAAAAUUUCCUGAAUAAAGACGGCCACUCCAUUGGCGAGGCACGGCUUAGUCACGCAAAACAAUGCUGAAUGGAUUUAGCGAUGAGUCGUUUAAGAGUCAAAACGUUCGUCACAAAGCUCCGUUUGUUACAAGACGAUUUUUUUUAUUAUUAUUAUUCCAUGGCGAACAAGAAUCUCUAAUGGCUAGUAUUUAAACAUAAAAAAAAACCCCUACAAAUGAUGAAUUGCUACCUGCACAAGUUGGCUAGUGACAAAAAAAAACCUCAAACUUCACACUGAGAUGUUUUUGUCCGUCUCGCUAAAAAAAGACAAACAUCUCUUGUCAGGUUUUUCUGCUAUGUUUCACUUUGUCCUUCUGCUCAUGUAGCAUUUCAGUGUUCUCUUUAUUUGUAGCUAUCAUUUGUUAUAUACCUUUCUACGUUUCUGUUAAUCUACAUAUGAAAUUUAUCCCUGAACACGGACAUCACUAUUCAUGGAGACGAAUGAAUUGUUGUUGUUUUUGUUUUUUUUUGAGUUUGUAAUAAAGGUGAAAAGUUCUCAAUCAAUUAAAACAUAAAAAAAGGCCGAACGUA